AUGGCGGCCGCGGGAGGUCCUCUUCAAGGUCAAGCACGUCCAGGCCAAGCCUGCUGGCCGCCCUCGCGGGUGACUGCCUCCGCGGUGACAACGGCGACCUCGUCAUCCCUGGAGGCCGCGGCGCCCCUCAAGGCCGACCUCCGCCACGUGAGUGAUCCGUCGAUCUCGUCUCUCCAACAGUUCGGUUCUCGCCGCUUCGAUUCCUUCGAUUCAACAAGAUACUGUGUACCACUUCGGUGUUCCGGAUGCACGCAUGAGUUCGACCUGGAAAAGCCGCCGGUGCUGCAGGAGGUGGCGGAUUUCUUCAGUGGCCACGGAAUCGAGGACUUCACCUUCAGCAGGGGCAGGCUGUCAGAAUGGCGUUGCCGGGCAAAGCUAGUGGUACGCGGAACACCAGAGAAACCACUGAUUGGCCUGUAUCGGGAAGGGACACAUACUGUUCAAGAUAUUCCCGAUUGCAGAGGUAGGACAGGAGGAACAGCGACAAGCGACGGGAUGAAGCCCGGCCAUGGAAACCCACCGCAGCCUUCAAGACCUCGACGGCGGUCGGUGCUAUGGGGAUCCUGAUCAACAUGCAGUUCCCGGGGCCGCAGAUCGACGCCGUCACCAACGACAACAUCGUCAUCAACGUCUUCAACAACCUGAUCUGAUAUUGUUCUGAGAUCCAGUGGCAUCUCCAUCCUCUUACAACUAAUAACAUUUUUUAACUUCUUUUGGCCGUGCUUUCGCUUUCACUACAGAUCAGAUCAGUGGUGAACGAAAGAAACAAGUGCACAACUAGUAUCAGUGGGCUUGUAUUUUU